AUGGAUGUCCCUCCAGGAAUCGCGUAUCUGGUACAAAGACUUCCACGCAUCCUCACACCACCCACUCUAGCCUACGCUCUAGUCCACCUAGGCAAAACACAUCUCUCAAUCGAACUCUCUACCUGGGGUCUUUCGUCCGUCUUGUUGUUAAGCCUUCCCGUCGGCCUGACCCUUAGCGUCUUGUGGAAGGACUUGGUGAUUCGCUGGGACGCUUCUAAUAAAGGCGCAGUGUUGCCCCCUGUUGCUCCUGAUCCGUUCCCUGGAGGCGCGAGGAGCUUGUACAGGGCUGUGACUAGUUUUAAAACUGGGUAUCCAGGCGUCUCAACUUUGAUUCUUAAAGUUGAUGGGUUGCAGGAUAUGUGUGAUAAAUUUGGAGGGUACACGUUUAUGUCGAAGAUAUUGUUCGAGUAUAGGGUUGUUACUGCGGAGCCAGAGCAUAUCAAGGCCAUGCUCGCAACGCAAUUCGAAGAAUUUGAGAAAGGACCUGAGACACGCUUUUUGUUCCAUCCCCUCUUAGGAACAGGCGUUUUUGCAGCAGAUGGGGAGUUAUGGAAGUAUGUUUUUUUCAUCGCUUGGGAUGAGACCAACCGCAUUUUUCUGACGAGCUUGCGUGUUAGAUUUCAUCGAACCAUGACUCGUCCCUUUUUCAGUAAAGACCGCAUCAGCCACUUUGAUAAUUUCGGUCGACAUGCUGAUGACGCGCUUGGCCAGCUGAAGGCCAGGCUGCGAGAAGGACAUGCGGUUGAUUUUCAGGAUUUAAUCUCCCGAUUCACACUCGACUCCGCAACCGAGUUCCUCUUCGGGAACGACGUUCACUCCCUCGCUGGCGGACUUCCUUAUCCGUAUUACCAUUCCACCACCUCCACCUCUGAUUCGGAUGCCCAUCCUUCAACACGCUUCGUCCAUGCGUUCCAGGAGGCUCAGAUGAUUACUGCUUUCAGGUCGCGGUUUGGGUCUCAUUGGCCUCUGUUUGAAUUUUGGCAUGAUAGGAUGAAGAAACCCAUGAGAGUGGUUCAUGAUUUUAUUGAUCCCAUCGUCGCUGCUGCGAUAAGUAGGAAGAAGGAGGAGAUGCUUAGUCCAAGUCUGGAUCGGGAUGAUGAGACAUUAUUAGAAAAUUUGGUCAAUUCGACUGAAGAUCCAAUUAUAUUGAGGGACGAAAUCAUGUCGUUGUUGGUUGCUGGACGGGAUACGACUGCAAGCACUCUGACAUUCACGGUUUAUAUGCUCGCGGAACAUCCGAAAAUAUUACAACGCUUACGGGAGGAAAUCCUCCAAAAAGUGGGUCCUCAACGGAGGCCCACGUAUGAUGAUUUUAAGGAGAUGAAAUUUUUAAGGGCUGUUAUCAAUGAAACACUCCGUCUUUAUCCGGUGGUUCCUUUUAAUAUCAGGAUGUCGAAUCGGGCCACAACAUGGCCAUCUAAGGUUCCCGGAGGAAAACCAUGGUAUAUUCCUGCGAACACAAGGUCGCUGUAUACGGUCUUCAUGAUGCACCGACGCAGAGAUCUCUGGGGUCCAGAUGGUGAUUUCUACACCAGACGGAUUUGUCUUUUCAGCACUAACCAAAACCCCCCGUUAGCUCUUGAAUUUGAUCCGGACAGAUUCCUGGACGAACGACUUCACAAAUACCUCACACCCAAUCCUUUUAUUUUCCUACCAUUCAAUGCAGGCCCUCGGAUUUGUUUGGGCCAACAGUUUGCGUAUCACGAAGCUUCAUUUUUCCUUGUUCGACUCUUGCAAAAUUUUUCCUCGAUUUUUCUGGCCUCACAUGCCCAGCCGCCUGAGUCGCGUGCUCCUGCCAUCUGGGCGACUGAGGAUCGGACUGGGCGUAAAGGGAGGGAAAAAAUUCGGCCGAAGACGCAUUUGACGAUGUACGUUCAGGAUGGAUUGUGGGUAACUAUGGAGGAGGCAAAGUAG